AUCGAGGAAAAGAUGCAUGGCUCCCGACGACCGUAAAGACGUGGACCUCGAACGCCACGACAUAUUCGGAGGAGGAUUCCCGCGCGAAUCAUGCGCAGGAAUGUAUCUACCUAAUUCGGGUACCGACGCUACCAACGUGAAAAUAUGCAAAUCCACAUUCCGCCUUGAAGAGAGAAGGAAUCUCCAGUUUAUAAGACACGUUUCACGUCUAGUACGGUCCUGCAGGGAAGAUAUAUCUCGCACGCAACUCCCGUGCGGUUCCUGCUACCCUGAUCAUGAGAAUCUCCAAAAGAGUCUACCUCAACGGCAUUUGGUCGUCCAGUAUUAUCUUGUAUGCAUAUUGUUUCACUAUCUCUCCGUAUCUUUUUAACCUUUGAGGAACCUCAGU